CGGCAAACAUUGACUUUGAUGUUAAUAAUGCUACUGAUAACGAUGUAAAUAAUAGAAUUAUGUUCACCUCUAGGUGAAACAUAGGGAAACAUAUUUGCUUGUUUUAUUUGUUUCCUAUGAAAUCCUAUGACCGACUGUUACAUGUGAUAUAAAGUCAGUUAUUUUAUGAAAUGAGAGUAAAGCGGCGCAAUUAAUUAGUAGAAUGAAAGGAAACCGAUUGAAGAAAACCACAUUAAUUAAUGUUGUCCUGUUGGGUUUUAUUUAAGCAAAGCGGUCCAGGCGCGCGCACUCGCACGCGCAAAUCCGCGCUAGAUAGUCGCGACUAGUCGAUCCUACAACGACCAUCUAGCGCAAAUGCGCAAAACAUGUAUGAGGGUUUUUUUUUUAUUUUUAAACAAAGCAAAUAAAUUUUCUUUUUUUGAAUCUUCCCCAUCUUACUCUUAAAACGUCGUUUUACGUUCUUCCAGGGUGUAUUUUGGUGUCACAUCUAUUUCAGUAAUCCCAUUGUACGCACUUCAACAAUCAGAAUUGGUUUCAUAAAGUUUUUUAAUAAGUGGAAGAAGAGUUUCAGAAGAACGGUCAGGUACAAACACUAAAAACCUAUUCUAAUCCUCUCUAUCCCAUCCUCCGUUGUAUUUGCACAUCAUAGAUUCAUCUGUUUCUACGAUGUGCCCAAGUCCACCAAUUUGGUAGGGGUUACGCAAAAGAUAGUUACUUGUACUGAUACCAUUGAACAACCAGUAGAUUUUGAAAGACCGACUUUUUAAUGGACUCUUCACCAAAAACAGAAUAUUACAUCCUGUUCACAAGAAAGAAAUUACAUCGUUCAGAUGUGCCAUUGAUAUUUUUAUCAACUUUUAUUGACUACAGAAAGAUGAUAUAUUUAUAAGGAGCAUUCAUCAAUACAUCAACCUCUUUAUAUAAAACAUAUUCAGAGAAAUGUAAAAGACUCUUUCAUUGUUAUAUGUACAAUAAGUUAUUCUCUCAUAAUGAAUCAUUUAACCAAACGCAAAAACCCUGAUGCAGCAGAGAAACCAUAUCACUGUAAUACCUGUGGUAAAUCAUUCUCUCAAAGUGGUCACUUGACUAUACACAAGCGUACACAUACAGGAGAGAAGCCAUAUCAUUGUAAUAUCUGUGGUAAAUCAUUCCCUGAAAGUGGUGCCUUGACUAAACACAAACUUACACAUACAGGAGAGAAGCCAUAUCAUUGUGACACUUGUGGUAAAUCAUUCUCUACGAAUAGUCAACUGAUUUGUCACAAGCGUAUUCAUACUGGAGAAAAGCCAUAUCAUUGUGAUAUCUGUGGUAAAUCAUUCUCUCAGAGUGGGGACUUGACUAGACACAAAUAUACACAUACUGGAGAGAAGCCAUAUCAUUGUGAUAUUUGUGGUAAAUCAUUCCCGGAAAAGAAACAUUUGACUCGUCACAAAUAUAUUCAUACUGGAGGAAAACCAUAUCAUUGUGAUAUCUGUGGUAAAUCAUUUCCUGAAAGUAGUGACUUGAAUAAACACAAGCAUACACAUACAGGAGAGAAGCCAUAUCAUUGUGAUAUUUGUGGUAAAUCAUUCUCUGAAAAUAGUAAUUUGAUUCGUCACAAACGUAUUCAUACUGGAGAGAAGCCAUAUAAUUGUGAUAUUUGUGGUAAAUCAUUCUCUACAAAUAAUUAUUUGACUUGUCACAAGCAUAUUCAUACAGGAGAAAAACCAUAUCACUGUACUAUCUGUGGUAAAUCAUUCUCUCAAAGUGGUCACUUGACUGUACACAAGCGUACACAUACAGGAGAGAAGCCAUAUCAUUGUACUAUCUGUGGUAAAUCAUUCUCUGAAAGCGGUACCUUGACUAAACACAAACGUACACAUACAGGAGAGAAGCCAUAUCAUUGUGAUAUUUGUGGUAAAUCAUUCUCUGAAAGUAAACAUUUGACUCGUCACAAACGUACACAUACAGGAGAGAAACCAUAUCAUUGUGAUAUCUGUGGUAAAUCAUUUCCUGAAAGUAGUGACUUGAAUAAACACAAGCAUACACAUACAGGAGAGAAGCCAUAUCAUUGUGAUAUUUGUGGUAAAUCAUUCUCUGAAAGUAGUAAUUUGAUUCGUCACAAACGUACACAUACUGGAGAGAAGCCAUACCAUUGUGAGAUCUGUGGUAAAUCAUUCUCUACAAAUAGUUAUUUGACUUGUCACAAGCAUAUUCAUACUGGAGAAAAACCAUAUCAUUGUGAUAUCUGUGAUAAAUCAUUCUCUCGCACUGGAGACUUGGCUAGACACAAACUUACACAUACAGGAGAGAAGCCAUAUCAUUGUGAGAUCUGUGGUAACUCAUUUUCUUCCAGUAGUCAUUUGAGUCGUCACAAACGUAUUCAUACUGGGGAAAAACCAUAUUAUUGUGCUAUUUGUGGUAAAUCGUUUUCUCGAAAUAGCAUUUUAACUUGUCACAAAAGUAUUCAUACAGGAGAGAAUCCAUACCAUUGUGAUAUCUGUGGUAAAUCAUUCUUCUAUAAUAGUCAGUUAGCUUAUCAUAUACGUAUUCAUACUGAAGGAAAACCACAUCAAUGUGAUAUCUGUGGUAAAUCAUUUUUUAGAAAUAGCGAUUUAACUAGUCACAAACGUGUUCAUACAGGGGAGAAGCCAUAUCAUUGUGAUAUCUGCGGUAAAUCAUUCUCUCAAAGUGGUACUUUAACUAAACACAAAUUGGCGCAUAUAAGAAAAAAGCCAUAACAUUCCAAUACCUGUGGUAACUAUUUUUGGGAAAUGGUGUCUUAACUAUACAUGAAUAUGUAUAGUUGAUUGAAAAGAAAUAAACAACACAUCAACACACUUUUUCUCCUGGUUAUUUUUAUGUGAAGCUUAAGAAAGUUAUACUGUGGAGAAUAGGAAGAGUGACCGCAAUCAGUACACUGAAUAAUAUAUUGGUGGAUAGAAUGAAGGGUCACAUGUUCGAUAUUUGAAGGGUGAAGCCCCUCCCCCAUGACCCGACGGAGAUCUCAAAAAGAACCUCGCCUCUACCCCCUGCAGAAUGGACGAUUACAAAUCAGAAUAGCGAAGCAGUUUUCUUUAGAUCAGUGUCUAGUAUGGAGGAAAGGCAAUGAUUGAAAAGGAGAGAAAAUGACGUCAGAAAGGGACCGGAAGUGUUACGGCAUGACGUCACCUCAGGAGGCCACAAGUUAAAAACGGCUUUUUUCCUAUGGUAUCUGUGACGGGGUCAAGUCAGGUAUUGGAAACGGUCGUAGAAUAGAAUAUGUGAGUACACUUUGUUGGAAUAAUCUAGUGGAAAUUUGAAAGUUGACGGAAUGGGACUAAUCCAAACAGACAGUAGUGCCAGCUAUUGGAGAAUUAAAGAAAUACUAACUUAUAGAAGGGAAAUAACUUCUGCAACACUUCAAGCAAAGUGAAAGUUAAUUAUUAAUAAGGUUGAUCAAUUACCAAUCACUGACUCGUUGUUGAUAUCUGACUACGGUUAAAUUGACAAAGAUUUAAUCUAAGGCUGUUAUGGUGAUAAUAAUAAUACUAAUAAUAAUGUAAAUAAUGAAAUUACGUGAACUUCUCGAUGUUACAUUAAUUAUUUCGAAGCGUAAACAUAACAACAUUAGGAAAAUGUAUUUGCUGUCUUAAAUAACUGCCAAACUGAAAUUUUGAUCCAUGAUCGACUGUUACAUGUGAUUUAAAGGAAAUUCAUUUGUAAAAUGAGAGUAAUGUCGCAUAAUUAAUUAGUGAAAUGAGAGGAAACCGAUUGAUUAAUGUUGUCCUGUUGUUUAUGAGGCAUAGAUAAAACG